AUUGCUUGGGAUUACUUUACAUUAGCUUACUAAUAUUGGUAAAUUUUAAACAACAAAAUGAAUUUAUAAUCAAUUGAUUGUUGUCCAUGAACCUGCUGGUUAACUUAGUGAGAAAGAGCAAAACAAUUCUCAGUGACAAUUAACUUACCCUCCUGUUAUUGAUAGUUGAAAAUACUGGAGUCAAAUUGAUUUUAAUCAUUAAACUAGCAGACUGACAAUAAUAAAAAGUUAUUUGAGUAAAUUUAAUUAAAAAUAAAUUUAAUCAACUGUGUAAUUACCGGCUGAUAAAAUGUUAACAAAGUUUGAGUCACAUUGAUUGGCUGUAGUUUGAUAAUUUCUCAGUAAUGGAUAACAAGUUUUUCUCAAUUUUAAUCAUCUUGUUAAUUACAACAAUUAACCUUAUAACAAGUGCUAUUUAUGAUGAAGAUUUGUUCAGACGAAUCGAUGAAUUUAUAACUUCUCGUGGUUUUAUCAAUGAAAAUCACACAGUGACCACGAAAGAUGAAUACAAGCUGAGUGUUAAUCGGAUGAUUAAUCCAUUCGCUGGAUUAGCUUUGGGUGUUAAUCGAUUGGAACCCGUUCUACUUGUUCAUGGUGUUCUUGGAUCGGGUAUCAUUUGGCUUUAUAACGAACCAAAUGGUCGAGUGAGACCUUGGCCUCAGAACAAUCAUCGACCAAAUGUAACCGAUAACUCUCUUGGUUUCUUAUUAUCUAACAACGGGUUCGAUGUUUGGAUUAUUAGUGUAAGAGGGACAAGUUACAGUCGAAGUCAUGUUCACCUUGAUCCGGAUAAAGAUCAAUCAUAUUGGGAUUUCACUUUUACAAACGUCGCCGAAUAUGAUAUACCCGCUACAAUUGAUUAUAUUUUAAAAUUCACCAAAAAAGAGCGUUUAACUUACAUUGGUUACUCCCAAGGAUCGACCUUUAUGUUUACAUUACUUUCAAUGGAACCCAAGUACAUGGAUAAGCUUAAUCUGUUCAUAGCGAUCGCACCGGCCGCUUAUCUGAACGAAGUUGGCGGUGUACCCAGUAUAAUGCCCGCUGAUUACGGAAUAUAUCAUAACAUUGGACUAGUUAAUUGUGAAUAUAAGUUUUAUUCACAAAUGCGUCCCAUAUCAUUAAUGUGUCAUCUUCCGUUAUUCAAGUCAAUGUGUUUGUUAAUUGAAGCUUCAACCGACAAUCCAACUAAUUAUAAUCAGUCUCGAGUUCCAAUCUAUAUCAAUAAUUAUGAUUCAACUUCAUGUAAAACCAUAGUACAUGGAUUCCAAUUGAUUACAUCCGGCGAAUUUCAGCAUUUCAAUUAUAGUUUGGAACAGAAUCUAAUCAAAUACAAUUCAAUUGAACCUCCAAAAAUUGAUCUGAGUAAAAUUUCAGGGGAUAAGAUUAUCAUAAUCUCAUCUACUGGAGAUGAGGCUUCAACUCCAAAUGAAGUUGACAAAUUGAAGAAAAGUAUAAAAAGUAAACCUUACAAACAUUUUCUCAUCGACGAUAAAAAUUGGAGUCACUUUUCGUUCGUAAAAUCGCCAACUUUUUAUUCUACUAUUGGUCAACAUAUCGUUAGAUUUAUCGACGAUGCUCUUGAUUCUAAUCGUAAUUAAGCUUAUCAAGUUAUCGUCGAAUCAAUAAUUAUAAUUAUUGAUAGUUUUUAAUCAAUAUGAUUUAUCGAUAUUGUAAUGAAUUUGGAGAGAGAAUGAUAAAAAUUAACAAGUAAAUUAAGUUAAUCGUCACAUUGAUUGAUAAUUUAAUUAAUUGAUCAACAUGAAGAAGUUUAAAUUUUCCCGUCAAAAUUUAGAUUUAAAUAAUCAUCUGAUUAUCAUAAUCAUCAUCUAAUUGUGAGUUAAAUGAUUAAUUGCAAUGUCUGAAUGGGAGACGUUACAUUUGAUUUGGUUGAUUAAAAUUGACAUACGUUGAUUAUCAGAAAAUUAAUUGUGAAAGAAAAGAUAAUUAAUCAUCAAAAUUUAUUCAUUACAAUGUAAAAGAUUGAUCACUAAUUGAUUACGUUCAUCAGACAAUUAAUAAAUUACUUCAUUGUGAAUAAAUGUUAUAAAUCAGAGUAAAGGAGUGAAAACUAAUCAAAUCAAAUCAAUUACUCAAGUUAAAUUGUUUUUACCUUGAAACAUUUCAACCAAUUCAAUUGAUUGUGAUUUCAGUUAAUUUACAAUUAAAAUUUGAAAAACAGAAAAGUAAUUAAAUCAUUUGCUUAGAAAAUCAAUUGAAAACAAUAAAACAUUAAAUUGUUAAUUGCAUCAAUCGUUAUCGUAAUCGAGUGACUUCAAUUAUUUGUUUUCUUAAUUACAACAAUUAAAACA